AUGUCUGAUGACUGUAAAGAAGAAUUUUUUCCACCAAAGAAGAAGUAUAGGAAAUCCAAAGAUGAAGAAAACAAUGAUGGUGGAAGCUAUACUCAAAGAAUAAAGAGAGAUAGUUCUUUUCCAGAUAACCGUGAUGAAAAAAACAGUUUUUCUUCCUGUGGUCAACAUAGAAGCAAGAAGAGAGUGAAUUAUCAGUAUGAAAAAAAAGACAAGACUAGUGUAAGGAAAGUUGAAAAACUUCCAACGAUAGAAGAGAUGGAGAACUCAGAAGAUGAAACCCCAGAAGAAUGGUUCAGUGUUACAAUUCCCAAUGGGAGAAGGUAUGAGAAGAUCUGGCUUCUGGAUUCCAUUCAGAAACAGUGCAGUGUACCCUUUAAAUCAGUGGAUUUUCACUACUUUAAAAAUAUGGCUCGAUUCUUUGUCCAGAAUUCUGUCACUGCCUGUGCAUUGAAAGAAGUCAACUGUAAGAUUUUUGAUAACAAAAACCAAAAGAUAAAUAUCUGUGUCAAUCAAUCUUAUGGACCCGACUCUGUGCAGAAUAAAUUGGCGCCAGAAGAAAUGAUGCAGCUAGAGCUGACCCUGAACAGAAGGUAUGAUAUUUCCAAGAGAUCUCUUGACCUGGAGAGGCUCCGCUUUGACUCAGAUUUGAUGAACCAUGACAUAGAUAUAUUCUUGAAUAGAAGAUACUGCAUGUCUGCUAUGCUGGAGAUUAUAGAAAAAAAAUUCCCCAAUCUUUUGUCCUUGAACUUGUGCAAUAACAAACUCUACCAACUUGAUGGUCUGUCAGACAUUGUACAGAAGGUUCCUACAAUCAAGGUCCUGGACCUCUCCCACAAUAAACUGACGUCAUUGUGGGAAGUGAGCAAGAUGAAAACACUGAAGAUUGAAGCUCUUCGGCUCAUAGGGAACCCCUUCUGUAAAACUUUCAAAAACAAAUCUUCCUACAAAAGAGCUGUGAUGCGUUUAUUCCCUAUGUUGCUGAAACUGAGUGAAUGUAAAGGACCCAGGACGAUGGAAGAGUAUGUACUGCAAUUCCUUCAACAGUAUUACAUGAUUUAUGACAGUGAAAACCGACAGAAUCUCCUUGGUGUUUACCAUGAGGAGGCAUACUUCUCUCUGUCCAUUCCUUUCGAUCCCAACAAUCCAAUCAGCUUAUCUAAGUACUUUAAGGAAAACAGGAAUAUGAAGAUACUCAAGGAUUCCAAUAACCAAAUUCAACUACUGAAGCAUACAAAAAGUGACAUUUUACACACACUGUGCAUGUUACCUCAAACUCAGCACCAUACCAGUUCUUUCCUGUUAGAUUUAUGGGUGCAAACGGAAACUAUGUUAUGCUUCUCUGUCCAAGGAAUGUUCAAGGAGGUGAAAGACCAAAAUCAGAGUUUUGUUCAUGCCUUCACCCGGACCUUCAUUACUGUCCCUGCCAGUAAUUCCAGCAUGUGCAUAGUUAAUGAUGAGCUUUUCGUGAGGACUGCCACUAUCAAUGAAGUCCAGUCUGCAUUUCCUACCCCAUUCGCCAGUUUUUUGAUUACUCUCUCCAAGGAGCAGCAAGAGAUGGUGAAGAAUUUCUCCACCCAGUCUGGAAUGAACCUCCAAUGGUCUCACAAGUGCCUUCAAGAAAAUCAAUGGAACUUUGAAAACGCUGCUCAUAAUUUCCUUGUGUUUAAGUUUGAGAUAUUGGACUAUUACAGAUAUAAAAAGACUAUUAGAAGAACAGAGAAAGCAGAAAAGAGAAUCAAAGCAAAGGUGUUGGAAGAGGGAGAGAAAAUGGAGAGGACUAUGCUGACAAUUCCUAAUAACCAGAGAAGGGCAACUCCCAACCUCAGGGAUGUGAAUGCUGAUGCCUCACAGUAUGGAGAAGAAAGAGCUUAG